UCUCUUUAACAGCAGACGGGUCUCUUUGAAUACCAAGUGUUCGGCGGCCUCGCGGAUUGCCCUCCCGGGUUAUGUGCCGACGUCUAUAUGGACUUGGAUUAUAGGAGACAGUGGGAUGAGUACGUCAAAGAGCUGCGUGAGCAAGAGUGUGAGGGAAAGAAAAUUGUCUACUGGGAAGUGAAAUACCCUUUCCCCAUGUCCAACCGAGAUUACGUGUACGUCCGGGAACGCCGGGAUCUAGAUGUGAACGGCCAGAAGGUCUCGGUCAUCCUGGCUAAAAGCGUCUCGGUCCCCCAGUGUCCGGAGAAGUCCGGGAUCGUCCGUGUGAAGGGGUACAAGCAAAGCCUGGCCAUCAGAGGGGAUGGCAAGAAGGGGUGCAGAGUAUACAUGUAUUACUUCGAUAACCCCGGUGGCCAGAUUCCCUCCUGGCUCAUUAACUGGGCAGCAAAGAAUGGUGUUCCUAAUUUCCUGAGAGACCUGCAGAGGGCCUGUAGGGGCUACAGCCGGAAAUCCUGAAGAAGGCGCCGAAGUUCCGGCUCCAGAGAUGGAUCCUCCCCACUCUCAGCGGGCACUUGGGCUGUCCCCUGCUCCCUCCUGUCCCGUGGACCCAGCACCGUCUGAUGACCCGUCCCUAGCCCGAGAAUGACUAGUUUCACGCCUGGUUUCCUCGCCCCUCUCCCUUCCUCAGAUACCCUCCUCUUUAUUGGUGGACCCAGGUCACCUGGAUGUACUUAUUUUUGUUAUAAAAGGCAGCAGAUCGUCCCAUUUGUCCCUUUAGAGAAAACGCCCCCCCCAGCCAGGUUCACUGUAAAGUGUUCGCAGUUUUAUUUUGGUUUUUAAAUGGCCUCCUUAAAAUGCUUUCUGUAUGCCGAGAGCGGAGGAAGGUAUCAGAUUAUCAGACCAAGAAGAAGCAUAGCCCCAUGGAAAGAGUACAGGACUGGGAGUCAGGAGACCCGGGUUCCAAUCCCGGCUCUGCCUUUUGCCUGC